AACAAAAACCAAAUUCGACCGCUUUGGGUGAACGUCCUCUCUUUUCUGCAACAAUGACCGUCGAGUCUCUUUCUGUCGGCCUUAAGAAGGGCUUCAAGGUCACCUCGCGUGCCCGCCCCGUCCGACCUGUCUCUCGCAAGGGCCACCUUAGCAAGCGUGUCAAGUUCAUCCGCGACAUCGUCCGUGAGGUUUCCGGCUAUGCCCCCUACGAGCGUCGCAUUAUCGAACUGCUCAAGGUCAGCAAGGACAAGCGUGCCCUCAAGCUCGCCAAGCGCCGCCUCGGCACCCACUCUCGUGGCAAGGCAAAGCGUGAGGAGCUCCAGGACGCCCUCGCACAGAUGCGCAAGGCUGCCUCUGCCCACCACUAAACCGUUUGCUGCUCUGGUCUAAGCAAGCUCGACAAUUUUUUUUCCAGUGCAUGGUUUCUGUUUGUGCUGGAAUAUAAUCCCUGUCCCCCCGAUUUA